UUGUAGCAUCUUACCCAAUACUAUUUACUCUCUGAGGGCCCACAUGAGAGCAAACUGACUCUUCAGGAAGUUCUUUGCAAAUUCUCCCCACAAAAUGUUUUUCUUUGUUUGUAUCUUGGUAUCAAUUCUAAAAAGUUUUCAAGAUUUGGACUCUGGUAUUAUAACUGUGCUCAGAGUAUCCACACAGACGUGUUCUGCUUCAUCAUCCAAUGAACUCUGCCUGUUAGUGGAUGUGGCACUCCAGUGGAAGGAAGCCAAGAGCCUAUAGUAGCGAUCCUGGGGAAAAUUUAAGCAGCUGUGGCCAUGUAAUUUAAAACCUCCAAAAAGUGUGCUGCGGUCUGUGCACAGCGUUAGUAUAACAUGAGGGCUGGAUAUAGCCCGUUCUCAUUCUCUGGAGGACUUCUUCGCCUGCUGCAGGAAAGAGAAGGCUGAAAGACAAACCUGGGUGCAGCCGGAAAGGUCCAGAUAGAUGAGCUUGUGGCAUCCAUUCCCCAAAUUCAGGGACUCCACCGUGCCUCAGCUGGGCCUCAUUGUUCCUGAACUGCAUUAGUUAAGAUUACCCAAACGUGGAUUUCAAAGGAAUACUUUCAUUGUUCCAUCUGUCACACCAAGUAAUUGGGGCCAGCUGGAUGUCAGGAUGCGCGUGGUAACCAUCUUAAUCCUGCUCUUCUUUUGUAAAGCCGCUGAGCGCAAAGGAAGCCCUGGGGGUGCGAGAAACCGAGUGAAUCACAGCCGGGCUGGUGGGAGCCGGAAGGGCUCCAGCCUGGUCAAACGCUACGCUCCAGGCCUCCCCUGCGAAGUGUACGCAUAUCUUCACGAGAAAUACUUAGAUUGUCAAGAGAGAAAACUAGUUUAUGUGCUGCCCGGCUGGCCUCAGGAUUUGCUGCACAUGCUAUUAGCAAGAAACAAAAUCCGCGUACUGAAGAACAACAUGUUUUCCAAGUUUAAAAAGCUGAAAAGCUUGGAUUUACAACAGAAUGAGAUCUCCAAAAUUGAGAGUGAGACUUUCUUUGGUUUAAAUAAACUUACCACUCUCUUACUGCAGCACAACCAGAUCAAAGUCUUGACAGAGGAAGUGUUCAUUUACACACCUCUCCUGAGUUACCUGCGUCUCUAUGACAAUCCCUGGGAUUGUACUUGUGAGAUGGAAACGCUUAUUUCAAUGUUGCAGAUUCCAAGGAACCGGAAUUUGGGGAACUACGCCAAGUGUGAAAGCCCACAAGGACUAAAAAAUAAAAAACUGAGGCAGAUAAAAUCUGAACAGUUGUGUAAUGAAGAAGAAAAGGAACAUUUGGAUCCAAAACCCCAAGUGUCAGGGAAACCCCCAGUCAUCAAGCCUGAGGUGGACUCUUCUCUUUGCCACAACUAUGUGUUUCCUAUACGAACACUGGACUGCAAAAGAAAAGAGUUGAAGAAAGUUCCAAACAACAUCCCUCCAGACAUUGUUAAACUUGACUUGUCACACAACAAAAUCAACCAGCUUCGACCCAAGGAGUUUGAAGAUGCUCAUGAGCUAAAGAAAUUAAGCCUCAGCAGCAACGGCAUUCAAUUCAUAGAUCCCGCUGCUUUUUUAGGACUCACACAUUUAGAAGAGUUAGAUUUAUCAAACAACAGUCUGCAAAACUUUGACUAUGGAGUAUUAGAAGACUUGUAUUUUUUGAAACUCUUGUGGCUCAGAGAUAACCCUUGGAGAUGUGACUACAACAUCCACUACCUCUACUACUGGUUAAUGCAUCACUACAACGUGCACUAUAAUGGCCUGGAGUGCAAAAUGCCCAAAGAAUACAAAGGGUGGUUUGUGGGAAAAUAUGUUCGGAGUUACUAUGAAGAAUGCCCCAAAGACAAAUUACCAGCAUACCCUGAAACAUUUGACCAGGAUACAGAAGAUGAUGAAUGGGAAAAAAUACAUAAGGAUCACACAGCAAAGAAACAAAGUUAAGUCAGCUUGUGCAUUGAAUAAAUUUCCAUUUCUGAUUCCUGUGCACUCCAAAAUGAGGUCCUGGUAAACCCAAAUUCUCAACUACUUUUCACUGAUCCUUGCAAAAAACUGUCAAGCUAGACCUGAAGGAGAAUUGCCACAGGCAAUAAGCCAAGAAUCUGAGAAUUAUAUUAGAGACGGCUCAGAAGAUGGGACUCUCAGAAGCAGUUGUAGAUGAUGUGAACAUGAGCUCUGAACAGGUAUAAACACUAGUAAAUGUGGAAACAGCACUGGGUUUUUAACAGAGUUCAGACUAGGAAGCCACCUGUCAGUGGGAAGGAUCUGAGAGCCCUUCCUGCUAAGCUAAUAUGUCAAGGAACAUAAAACAGGAUGAAAUUAGGAUUCAGGGUCAGGAUUUGGGAUGAAAAAGAAGCAAACAAAAAGGGAAGUGAUAUCAGAAGCAACUGAGGGCAGAGGUGGUACCCAAGAGAAGCCCCAUGAUUUGCGUUGCAGGUUAAAAUUAACUCACCUGGAGAAACAAUAACCAGAAAGAGAGGAAGUGUCUGGAGACUGACCCCAUCAGUUUGUAUUUUGAUAGUACUGUACUAUUAGAAAAAUAAAAUGCAAAGAAAUAUGUACAUAUCAUUAGAAAUACCACUUUUUCCUUUUUAUGCAGAUUUUCUUUUCACUGAGUUGAAUAUAUUUCCAUUUCUUAUAUCAAGGUAUUCAUACAAAGUUUAACAACUGGUCUUAUACUUGUACAAAUUUCUAAAGUAUAGAACGUGGUAAAUAACAAAUAGUAUUAAGCAUUUCUUUUUUUUUUUUUGGCUGCACCACGCGGCUUGCAGGAUCUUAGUUCCCCAACCAGGGAUUGAACCCAGGCCACAGCAGUGAAAGCACCAAGUCCUAACCACUGGUCCUCCAGGGAAUUCCCUUGAACAUUUCUUAAACACCUAUUAGAGGCCAGACACUGUGCUAAGAGCUUCACGUAUUCUAUUUCUAAUUCUCACAAGAUCCCUCUGAGGUACAUAAUAUUAUCUGCCUUUUCUAGAUGAGGAAACCAAGGCUUAGUAUGUAGGUAACUUGGAUAGAGCCACAAAGCUGGCAGGUGGCAGAGCCUGGAUUCAGGUCCACCUAAGUCCUUUCUACUGUGCAAGGAUACAGAGCACUCUAAAUGUUACCUUUAGUCAUGGCUACCUCACAUCAGAACUUCCAGAAACAGACACUAAAAGAAUAGUAUGUGCUUUUUCUCCUGAAACACUUAUGAGGGCAGGUGAUAAUCUUUGGGUCAUGUCAGUUAAUUCUAUUAAUAUGUAUAGGAAACCAAGAGAGUGGGAAGCUGGAACAAUUGCUGGAGCUGGUGGUUCAGGAAAUGACACUGGAUUGUAAGGUUCUAACCACUAUGCGCAUUUUAUCAAUGGUUUGGGUCAGGGUGGAGACUUAGAAAUACUGUUUCUCAAUGCAAAUUCUCACAUUGUUCAACAUGAGGUAUUGAAGGUAGCUGUUAAGUUUGAAGUGUUACCAGAGAGAUGUAAUAAAUUCACUUAUUGUUGAUGAGCACUCAGAGUGGAAUAUUAAAUAAAACAUCCAAGAUUUGAUGGUGGAGAAUGCCAGGUGGGACCUCAGUGGAAGACAGAGGCACACAGUGGGAAUGUGAGGGUUCUGGAAAGAAAUAAGGGCAUUAAAUCUGAUUCA